GGGGUGAGGUGCCCUGGGCCUUGGGAUUCCUGGGGGAGGGUGGGUACCCCGGGGGGGAUCUUCUCCGGAGGUCCUAAGCCACUUGGGCAAAGAAAGGGAACAGAUCAAGUCAUCUAAUUGGACCAAAACACAACCAGCAUGCCCAAAUCCCUUGCGUUUCUCCGAGGGGUUGGACCAUUAUGCGGACAUGGGCUGCAGACAGCUGGGCCAUCGCUGUCAAUGGAAUAUCUUGGCUCAUCCUUCUUCUAGCUGCCCAUGCCUUGGGUGCUUCGAUCUUCUUAAGUCUGACUGAAAAAAUUCCUGCCAACACAACCAUCGAAGUCACAAGGAGUCCAGAGUAUCCUCAGGAAGGACAGGAUGUCAUUCUUAUCCCAGAAGGAAAGUUUGACGACAAGGUCUCUUGCCUGUGGUUCAGAGGUGGAAGAGAAAGAUAUCUCGAAAUCUUGGUCUAUCAACUAAAACCAACCAUUGCUAUCCACUAUAAGCCCGGUUACAACGGGCGCCAGACACCAGACGACGACUGCUCUCUGCACUUCGCCAAUGUUUCUUUUGAGGACAUGGCUCUCUAUGGAGUCCUGAUUGAAAGAAAGGGCAACAGAAUUGAAUAUGGGGAGAGAUUUCUACUAGUUCAAGAAGUGACCAAUCAGAAAACAAAAGCAAGCCAACAUGCACCACGCAGAGCAACACCAGAACCAACCGAACCAAAAGAGUCGAAAGUUCUAAGUUUAAGAACGAUUGCAGGAAUUGUCAUGGGGUGUCUCAUCGGCUCAGUCCUCGUUGUGGGCUUGAUUAGUUACCAAAGCUUUGAAAGCGCUGGAAGGUUAGAACCUACGUGGACCAUGAGACUUUCUUCUGAGGCCCUAACUCUAAGCCAGGACAGACAGCAGAGAUUAAAUCAACUAAAAUUAAGCAUGCAAAACAUUGGGCAAGAGAUUGGGAGUCAGGAGAAUUUAAGCCCUCAGAACAUCAUGCCUGGGUGAAAAACAGAAGAUUAUCUUCAUCCAGGAUAUCGUGAGCAUUCAAGUCUGGAAGAUCAUCCACCAGAUCAUCCUUCUGGACUUUUUGCUCUUUCUCCAUGAAUUGAUACUCCAUUUACCAGAAAAUCAUGUUGAAAUAAUCAAGGACAUUCUGAUGGCCCAACAAUUACAUCUGCCCAGAACACUGGAGGCAGAAAAGUCCAUUAUGUAUCUGCUGAUGAAAUAAAAACCUCCAGUGCCCAGA